AAAGGUUGAUUUUUUGUACUAAUAUAUACAUAGGAAGACGUGCUGUUCUCUCCUCUUAGGGAGGGAUGAGAUACAACAACAUAAUUGAGAAGACGAGGGACGAACUGUUUACCUGAGACAUUGCUUCUUCAUCUUCUUGUCUUUAUUCUCCGUGGAAGUAAAUAGUUCUAGACUGUUACUAGAGGACGUGAAAAGGAAUGACAUCAUAGUGCUCGCAAAGGCCUACUAUUCCGUUGUAGGCAGCAACACGAGACCCUACCGUAGACCCGUGAGAAAAAAAGCGAGGAGAAACUCAACUAACGCACGAAACGAUUGCGACAAGCGACUCUUCCGAUGACUGACGCAGUAUCGUUGCCGACUGACACGGAAAAAAUCCAUCAAUGGGAACAUGCCAGCUGCGACUAUGCACUAGAAUCUUACUUCGGCGAAGUUAGCAGCCGCUGACAAACGCGAUUGCGCAAAAAGAUCUCAAUCUUUAGAAGGACGAAUAGAGCCGGAUGAAACAUAUCGUGACACGAAGCGACUAACCUGUGGAGUAGAGGUAAAAAAGGGAAUUCUUGGAUGAAGAUCUGGCGACAUACGAAAAAUGCAAACAGCAUCGAAAUGCAUUCUUGACCGCACCAAUGUGUAGUCGAACGACAAACAUACAUCAUAGGCUACAACGAUAGGGACUAGUACCUGCUGCGAAAAAAGGACGACUACGCCACAACGACGAGGAAUACUUCGACGACUCCCACUUCUGCUUUCAUCAAAACGAUCCGCAGUGACAGCCAUGACAUCUCCCGCCGCUCCGACGCCCGCCACGUCGUCUGUCCUUGGUCUCAUCGUGCCUGGGCAACCGGUGCAGGUGAAUGGACAAGUCAUGAGCGAUACUGAGAUCCUAUUUCAUAUACCGCAAAAAGAUGUACAACACGUUGUUGUCUUCUUGACGGGCGUCACGGCUUUGCCAGACACCAUGGGAGCUAGCGCAUACCUGAUGCUGCCAGACAAUGGCUUCAAAUACCUAGGACACAUAAGCAAUGAAAAGCCCAGCGCGAUAUUCAAGGUAUUUUCAACAGACACGUAGACGUAGUUAGAGCUUUAAUAAUGUUGUUGCAAGUCAAUUGACAUUCACAUUCAUUUGAAUAAACACAAAUAUUCAGACUUCAACAUCAUUGGACUCAAAAAAAACGAAAUUGACUAUACUGUAUCAAAAACAUGAAUAUUCAUAAGGAAAGCCUCCAGAAUCAAAUUCCCUGUGCCUGUCUCAUCGUCAUUAUACCACAACGUAACUACAUCAACACAAACAGAUUGGCAGCACUGCCGCUCCAACUCCCGCUCCGACUCCCGCUCCGUCUGCGGUCAGUGGCGUGCACGAGACUGCGAUAGUGCUCGUUGAUAACAGCACAAGGAUUGGGAUAGUGGUGGAGCCACUUCCGGCGAUUCAGCAAAAAAUAGUGCCAAAAGAAGCAGAGCUGAGUCAGAAGGUGAAUGACUACAUUAUGGCAUCUUACAACGUUUGUUUCAUUCUCCACGACCAACAGUCCUUGGCUUCCUUCCUUUUCGCGUAGAAAAUAUGCCAAGUACUACUAGAUGAACUAGAAGGCUCUGGUGAAGAAUACAACUACUUAGUUGAUCUCUAACUCCAGCGUUUUCGUGAAAGCGCUUGCAGAGAGCUGUUACAACCACAUGAGUGGGUGGAUUCUCACGGAACAGCAGUGGCGAGAACGCGGCGCGGCUUUGGUGCAAGAGAAGUUAGUGCCAAUAGGAGCCCUCGAGCAAUGGUUUGACUCCUUCACUAGAAAACUACAAAGUAACCCAAACUUCUGGAAAACAUAACGAUUCAGUUUAGUGAUUUGGCUCUAAUGAUAUUUUUUUGUUUGAAGAGAUUGAAGAUAAGAUCUUGGUCUUCUUCGGUUCAAGACACGACUAAGUUUAGUUGUAUCAACCAUGAUGCUGGACAACGACUUUUUCCAAGCAUCUCCAUCAUGAUAUCGGAUUGACUCGAACACGCUACCAAGCGCUUGCAUGACGACAAUUAAUGGAUGAUGAGGACCCGGACAAAUUGAAAUUUCAGUACUACGACCACAACAAUGCAUGACAAAUUAGGUUUGGCAAACGCAAAAUGCCGAAGACGACGUCAUCUCCUUCCAUUCAAUCCCCCCAUCGAUAUCAUCCCUUAUGAGAAUGAACACUUCGGAUGGAUUACAGAGUUCUUUGUGUAAGCGAUCAAUCUAAUUAUACGUCAGUCCAUGAAUAUGAUGGUGAUGAUGAACACCAAGAUCCUGAAACCUUUGAGCAGGAAGAUCAUCAGGAUACGGCUCAAGGAUCGCGAUAAGGCUCCAAGGUCCCAGGCAAAUGGGUCCCAUGAAACCGAUGACGCCAAUAAAAUCCCUGACGCAGCUCCCCCCUAAGUUCAUGCAUAUCCCGCACCAAAAACCUUGAGCUAUUUGAUUUGUAUGAACCUCAAGACCUUACAGGCUUAGGGGUUUAAGCUUUUGCAUUUGUAUAGCAUUCGGAUUAGGUUCGACG